ACCCACUCUUUUAUGGCUUCACUUUCGCAGCCAGGACAUUGCUGAUCAUGGACAUUGCACUAGCAGAUAAAUAUUCCCGGCGCUUGUCUUCUCCUGCUCCAACCCAAUCCCAAAUUCGCAUUGGCUUCUUCUUCUUCUUCCAUAUACAACUCUACUCUGUGCUCUUCACUCUGUCUACUUCCAUUUUCAAGAAUCCAUACUCAGAUCCUGAGUCUCUGAGCAGAAGUAUCACUGGAGGGAGCUAGCGAGCUAGCUAGCCGCACGAUGGCGAUGGCAGGUGGGCGUAUUGUGACGAUGUGCAUGGCGGCUGCGGCGCUGCUGGUCUCUUUGACCGGCGGCGCGGGCGUGGCGGCGGCCUCAGCGAAGGAGCUACGGCAAGGCUUCUCGGCCGCCCACGACACGUCCUACUCGCACUUCCAGCCGGUGCUCACCGACCCCACCGGCGUCUUCGCCCUCGGCUUCCUCCGCGUCAACUCCACCACGCUCGACCUCGCCGUCCUCCACCUCCCUUCCGCUUUCCCCCUCUGGCGAGCCAUGCCGGACCGCCCCGCGCCGUGGUCCGCGGCCGCGUCCCUCUCCUUCAACGGCAGCCUGGUGCUCACAGACGGCGCCACCAACCAAGUGAUCUGGUCCACCGCCGCGGCGGCCGGCGACCGCGCCGUUCUCCUCAACACGUCCAACCUUCAGAUUCAGAGCAGCGGUUCGCCCGUUGCCGUGUGGCAAAGCUUCGACUACCCUUCGGACACCAUUGUCCAGGGCCAGAACCUCACCUCAUCGGCGGCGCUUCACUCCAUCGACCAGCGAUUCGCCAUGCGGCUCGGGAGCAACUACUUCGCGCUCUACGUGGAGCCGCCACCGUUGUCGUCGGGCAGCGUCGCCGCCGCCAUGUACUCCAAGCACACGGCUCUGGAGGCCAAGGCCCGGAUCGUGGCCGGCGGCGGCCCGAUAUACGUGCGCGUGGAGCCUGACGGUUACCUCGGCAUGUACCAGAAGGAGGGAGCCCCCGCCGACGUCAUGUCCUUCGACACCUUCAACCACGGCGUCCGCGCUCUCCGCCGCAUGACUCUCGAGCCCGACGGCAACCUCCGCGCCUACUACUGGGACGGGUCCCGGUGGGUGCUCGACUACACCACGAUCACCGACUCGUGCGAGCUGCCCACCACCUGCGGCGCCUACAGCGUCUGCGUGCCGCCCAGCGGCCGGUGCGCGUGCCUGGCCAACGCCACCGACGGCCCGGGCUGCGCCGCCCCCUCCGUCGGGAGCGGGCUGUGCGGCACCACGGGCGGCGAGGUUGGCGGGCUGUACUCGGAGGUGCGGAGACACGGCGUGGAGCCGGCGAACAAGGAGCUACUGGGGUUCGAGCACGCGCCGUCCGCGGGAGACUGCGAGGCGCUGUGCGCGCGCAACUGCAGCUGCUGGGGCGCGGUGUACAGCAACGGGACGGGCUACUGCUACCUCAUGGACUACCCGGCGCAGCUGAUGGUGGCCGCCGACGAGAAGAAGCUGGGCUACUUCAAGGUGAGGAGCGUGGGAGAGGCGGCUGCGCGCGGCGGGAGGGCGACCGGCGUCAAGGCGGCGCUGCUUGCGGUCGGCGUCGCGGUGGUGGCUGCCGCCGCUGCGUUCGGGGCGUACAGGGUGUGGGACAGGAGGCGCCGUGCGGCAGCGGAGACGCGGCAGCAUUUGGGCGCCGACGGUGAUGGGCUCUCGCCGGGUCCCUACAAGAAUCUGGGAUCCUUUAGCUCCGUCGAGCUCUCCAGCAGCUUCAACUCCUUGCGGAGGUAGCCAGCCAGGAUGGUGAGAUCCAGCAACCAGAUCGGCACGACGUACGGGAAAGAUACACGGCAGCACGGGUGAGGGAAGUAGGCUCGACGGCGCCCGCUGAUCGGUGAAGAAAACUAAUCCGACACGGUCGGCGGUGUCUGGGCGAGAAAAAACUGCCAAUCUGGUCAGGGCGGCAUCUGCUGGAGGCGAACGUUUGGUCUAUGGAGACAUAUGUCCCUGUUAUCAAAUCCGUCAAUAAGUGCAUCGCGAUCGACAGAUAAAGUAGCGGUUCAGCAUAUACGAUGUGAAGGACAAGUUCGAAAAGGGAAUAUACAGCAGAAGAACAGUGCUGUACUAGGCCGGGAACAGGUCUGCACAGGAUCUGAUAGCAGGCAAGACGCGUUUUCCAUCCUGCAUGCAUAAAUGUUGUACGGCUAGAACAAUUCACCUUUUUGGAGAACCGAGAUCGUUGUCAGAGACCUGUAGUCAAGGUAGCUUGGUUAGUGGCGAUAGGAAAGUAACUAAAUUGUCAAGUUUAGCAGCGAUAGGUAGGAAAUGGAAAUAAGUAAGAUAGUUGUGAAUAGUAAGUGAAAUUAUAUACGGAAUGAAUAACAUUAUUUUACUGAGGAGAUUUUAGAAAACAUAUUCAGAGUUAC